GCAAUGUCACAGCUGUAUUACAAGAAAACUGACAACUCCUCAUACAGGGACCGCAUCCCUUUGCGGAUCGUGCGGGCCGAGUCUGAGCUUUCUGCUCUGGAGAGGGCCUACCUGGGGGCGGUUGAGAGGGGGGACUAUGGCAGUGUGAAGCAAGCCCUGGAGGAAGCUGAGAUCUACUUCAGGAUCAACAUCAACUGCAUUGACCCCCUGGGACGCACAGCCCUGCUCAUUGCCAUUGAAAAUGAGAACUUGGAGAUAAUUGAGUUGCUGCUCAGUUAUAAUGUAUAUGUGGGUGAUGCCCUGCUACAUGCCAUCCGCAAAGAAGUGGUGGGAGCUGUGGAGCUGCUGCUCAACCACAAGAAGCCACGUGGGGAAAAACAGGUUCCACCAAUUCUGCUGGACAAACAGUUUUCAGACUUCACCCCAGACAUCACUCCAAUCAUCCUUGCAGCCCACACCAACAACUAUGAGAUCAUCAAACUACUUGUGCAGCGAGGUGUUUCCAUACCUCAGCCCCAUGCUGUGCGCUGCAACUGCAUGGAGUGUGUGUCCAGUUCAGAUGUGGAUGGCCUUCGUCACUCACGCUCUCGUCUUAAUAUCUACAAGGCCCUUGCUAGCCCAUCACUCAUUGCUCUCUCCAGCGAGGAUCCUUUCCUCACUGCUUUUCAACUUAGUUGGGAGCUGAAGGAGCUCAGCACAGUGGAGAACGAGUUCAAGUCAGAGUAUGAGGUGCUGUCUUAUACGUGUCAACAAUUUGCAAAGGACCUCUUGGACCAGACCCGAAGCUCUAAAGAGUUGGAAAUAAUCCUCAACUACCGUGAUGACAUCAACCCUCUGCUAGAUGAGAAUGGUAAUGAUCUGGCCCGACUGAAGCUGGCUAUCAAAUAUUGCCAGAAAGAGUUUGUUGCUCAGCCCAACUGUCAGCAACUGCUGGCGUCUCGGUGGUAUGAUGAGUUCCCAGGCUGGAGGAGGCGUCACUGGGCAGGAAAGUUAAUCACGUGUAUCUUCAUCGGCCUCCUCUUCCCACUGUUAUCUAUCUUCUACCUGAUCUCUCCAAAGAGCAGAUAUGGCUUAUUCAUCCGUAAGCCCUUCAUCAAGUUCAUCUGUCACACUGCUUCUUACCUGACCUUCCUCUUCAUGCUCUUCUUGGCCUCGCAGCAUAUAGCCUCUGCAAACCGGGACCUUCAGGGCCCACCACCCACCACUGUGGAAUGGAUUAUCCUGCCCUGGGUGCUUGGCUUUAUAUGGACUGAGAUAAAACAGAUGUGGGAUAGUGGUUUGCAAGACUACAUAGAUGACUGGUGGAAUUUAAUGGACUUCAUUAUGAACUCCUUGUAUCUUGCAACCAUAUCUCUGAAGAUUGUUGCUUAUGCAAAGUACAGUGGGAAAAAACAAAGAUGCAACUGGGAAAUGUGGCACCCGACUUUGGUGGCAGAGGCAUUAUUUGCCAUUGCCAACAUCUUCAGCUCCUUGCGCCUCAUAUGCCUUUUCACUGCCAACUCCCAUCUAGGACCCUUACAGAUCUCACUGGGCCGCAUGCUCCUGGACAUCCUGAAGUUCCUCUUCAUCUACUGUCUAGUGUUAUUAGCCUUUGCCAAUGGCCUCAACCAGUUAUACUUUUACUAUGAAACGGAUAUGGGUAAUAAUUGCACGGGUAUUCGCUGCAAUCAGCAAAACAACGCCUUCUCAACGCUGUUCGAGACACUGCAGUCAUUAUUUUGGUCUGUAUUUGGCCUGAUUUCGCUCUAUGUGACCAACGUGGAACCAAAACAUGAAUUCACUGAGUUUGUGGGCACUACCAUGUUUGGCACGUACAAUGUCAUCUCCCUAGUAGUGCUUCUGAACAUGCUAAUUGCGAUGAUGAACAACUCUUACCAGCACAUUGCUGACCAUGCAGAUAUAGAGUGGAAAUUUGCAAGAACAAAAUUAUGGAUGAGCUACUUUGAAGAAGGGGGAACUUUGCCAUCUCCAUUCAAUAUAAUACCCAGUCCAAAGUCUGUUUGUUAUCUAAUUGGAUGGAUAAAGAUGCAUUUGUUUAAGAGACCAAGCAUACAAAGACUGGAAACCUUCGAAACUUUGGGGAGACGUGCAGCCGAAAAUGUAAGAGUAAACCAUGAAUAUCAGGAGGUUUUAAGGAACCUUGUUAAACGGUAUGUGGCCGCAAUGAUCAGAGAUGCCAAGACAGAGGAAGGGUUGACAGAAGAGAAUUUCAAGGAGCUUAAGCAGGAUAUCUCCAGCUUUCGCUAUGAAGUCCUGGGAAUGAUGAAGGGUAAACCUCAAGGUGGGGUUGCGGGUAAUGUUGCAAGCUCCACCUUGGCUUACCCUGGAAACUCAUUCAAAUAUUCUCCGAAAGUACGUACUGAUGAUCCUCAACAGAAGCUGAACGUGUUUGAUGUGACCACCACCACCGUGCAGCGCAGAGCUGCCAACACCACCAGCUCUGUGGGCUCUGACAGACAAGCCAGUUGUUCACUAGUUGUUCCUUCCAGCACAAGACAGACUCAGAAUGAGGUAUCCAAGGAUGUCUCAGAGGCUGUGUCCCUCCAGAGACAGAGCAUACUUCUGUCUCAGAAAUGUGAUGAAAUACAUUCAGAAUACAUGUCAGAAGAAGAUUCGUUGGGAUCUGGUGGACAAAACCAACAGCAACUUCUGAUUGGAAAAGUAAUUGUGGAUGUCUCAAACAAAGUCGAGGACAUUCAGGAGAUUGAACAUUCUUGCAAAGAGCCUACUAAGGAAGUGAAAAAUGGGCCCAAAAAUUAUCAAAAUGAAUCUGUCUGCAAGUGA